AUGACACUGCCGGCCUCGCCCCAACCCGCCUCCCUCGUCCCCGCCCAGGUCGGCUUCCUCGCCAUCUUCAACCCGACCCUGGGUGCCACAGACGAGACCAUCGAUGACCAGAUCGUCUACUAUGCCUCGGUGAACUCCCAGUCCCAGACGGCCGCCUCGCCGCGCCGCCGCCACCGCGGCUCGCAUGCCCGCCCGACCGAGGGCAUUUCCCACGACGAGCGCAAUGAGCGACUGCGCCAGAUCGGUCUGGCCCAGGGCAUGGUCGACUUUGGUCGCGACUUUGCCGACGGGAGGUCUGUGGACACAAUCGACACCGAAAAGGCUCGCGUCGUGUUGCGCGAACUGGAGCCCGGCUGGUGGAUUCUUGCUUCGAUCGACUUGACCAAACUACCGCUUCCUCCCCGGCUAGGUGCUGCGGCGAAAGACGACGCAUCGGAUAACUUCGAGUAUUCCUCCCGCGAGGUCAAACCUGCAACACUCCUCCUGCAGGAUCUGUUGCGCGCCCACUCGACCUUUCUGCUGCACCAUGCCGCGUCUCUCAGCGCACUCUUUGUCAAAACCAAGAGGACCAAGUUCGUUGCCUUGCUGAGCCGCUACUGGGACCUCUUCCUGUCGACUUGGAGUGUGAUGCUCCGUGGCAACCCCGCUUGCAGCAUGUAUGGCGGAAUAAAGAUAGCGGCCUGCGGCGAACUUGGCGUAGGUGUAGGUGAGGAAGAAAGGGGUAGCGGCGAGCGCGAGGUCCUCGAGGGCUUCGUCGACAGAGUCGAAGGACUUGUAGACGUGGUCGUCGCCAAAUUCGGGGAUGCAGAUCCAGAGGGUUCAUCCCCGAUAAAGGGGUCUGACGACCCCUCGGCAAAAUGGCUAGGUACGGGAGAGGAGCCAGGCGCUGAAGAUGGGGCCAUCUUCUUAGGUGUCGGCGCUCUCUCCAGCAAAUCGCUUAGGGAUGUGUUUUUCUGGAUGGAGGACGUGUACACCUGGGGCGAGGAUGCUUAUGGUGUCAAAGACAGCCCGACCUCCACAAGGGUCAAGGCGAAGAGACAGAGACUCAAAUCCGUGAGCGGCAAGACUGAUCCUCCAGCGCAGCCCAGUCAGCACGCUGGAGAUGGGGGCGCUACUGCGACUGACGACCAAACUUCGAAGGACAAAGGGACUGCAGAACAAGAAGCCGCUGCUGCAGAUGAUGGUGGAUCAAGCAAGCUCAUGCAUUACUUGAAGCUGGGCUAUGGUACUCACUGGUCGCUGGGAGGCUCUGAAGCGCCUGGUCAGGGUGUUCAGGGAGCGCAGGCAGGCCCAGAACGGCCGAAAAUGGAGGCGAGAAGCUCAUCAAGACCGUCUGUAAGCGCCAGCGCGGGCCACUAUCUCAUCGGACUUCAGGGCGAUGUCGAGAGUAACACUACGGAAAGCGAAGGAACCGAUGGGGAAGACCUCGAUUCUCGUACUCUCGUACGAACUUUGACGGUCGAAUUAGAAAGUGAGGCGCUUGGUCGCGCUGAAGAGGACAUCCAUCAAGACCUAGGUAGCGGUGAUCAUGAGCUCGCGACUUCCAAAUCUGGCCGCAAAGACUUUGCCAACACGGCCUCACAGUUUGACAGCCAGGAUCGCAACAAGGCAAAGAAAAUGCGGGUGGUGGUCUAUGUCAGCAAGCCCUUCGUCUAUACCUUUCUGUUCCAGAACCGAACGGAUUCCCUCGCCUGGGAUAGCCUCUACAAGAAGCUGCACUACCAACUCGAACCACUCCGCAGGCCUCUCGCUCUAUCGACGUCCUAUCGUCCCGAGAAGCCGGACGCCGGCUCUGCAUCCAGCCAUAUCUUCGAUUUGAUCUGGGACCCUCGGACCCUGACCAUUCACUCGACUAUCCCGAACAUACCAGAUCCACUUGCUAUAGUCCGUUCGGAAGAGAGUCAGCGGUCCGUUUGGACUCGGAUCGAGGCUAUAAGUACGCACACGCAAAUCCUGCAGACCUUCUCCGGCACCCGUCAGGACACUACUGAGGUCGAGCGGACCUGCAAGACUAACCGUGGAUGGUGGGUCGUAUGGACGCGCAUAACGGAGGCGAGAGACAUUCCUGCUUCCGGUGGUGGAGGCCCGCCGCAGCUGCCCUCCGAGAGCAGUCAGGACUCAGCGGUAUCGGCGGAGACGGUCGAGUCCACCUUCAGCGCCUUUCCAUCGCCGUCCCCCGCCGCCGCCGAUUCCGACGCCCGCCAAGGCGGCCCAGGGACCGCUGCCAGCCGCCGGAGACAGAGGCAGCCCGGGGUCUCCAAGGAGAUCUUCCUCAUCCGCCGCGCCGGCGAGGGCGCGUCGAGAGGCCGCAGCCUCUCCCAGAUCUCGGAGAUGAAGGAGGGCUGGGGCGAUGGCGCCAGCCGCCUGGCACAGGGCAUCGGGGUUGAUACAAAGAAGUACAUUGAUGGCUUGUUGAGCUUGGCUCACUAG